GAUCAUACAGGAACUUGCCCCCAAGGCAACCUAUCGGAAAUUCCAACUCAGAUUGGAUGGGAAGCUCCUCACACCCGAAGCUGAGCUCAAAGAGAUGCAGAAGCACUACGAGCAGGCCUGCCAGGAUCAUCCCCAGGACCCAUCUGGAGGCUAUGUGGGGACCAGGUUGCACAUGUCGUCGCAGCUGACCUUGACCAUAGAUGGCGCGCAGGUGUGCCUGGACAUGUCAACGGCGUUCGACGUCAUGCCGAGAGAUGGGCUUCGCGCAGCCCUGCGGGAGGCGGGCAUUGAGGGCAGUCCGGCUGAAAUCCUCCUGAGUUGGAUUGAGAACAGCACCUAUCGCAUACGCAUCGGCCUCCUCUCCACUGAUGUUAGGUCAGCUAGAGGUGUCAAGCAGGGGUGCCCGGUCUCUCCACUGCUCUUUGCUGCUUUCUCCACCAUGGUCACAAGACGGCUAGAUGCCAAGCUUGGUGCUAAGUGGUCCCAAAAGCACCUUACUCUUUACGCCGACGAUAGGCACAUCUCCAGCCUUUUCCACUCCUAUCCUGCCUUUGACAAAUUUACACAGUGCUUGGGAGUUGUUCUUAGCACCCUCAAGCAACACGGCAUGAUAGUGAAUGCGGACAAAGCGGCUGUGAUCCUUACUAUGCAGGGAGCCCAACGUAAGAAGGCCAUCGCUGAAUUCACACGGAUACAGAAGGACCAGAGACAUCUCAAAGUUCGGUCCUCGGGUCAGGAUGUCUUUCUUCCGGUAGUCAGUCAGACGGUGUACUUGGGGGCGGUGAUAUCCUACCGAAACUUUCAAGCCAGCACGCUGGAGCAUCGACUCACCAAAUGCAAGGCUACGCAGAGUCGCCUCCACAAGAUCCUUCAAGGACGCGACCCUCAGGACGCCUUCACACAGGGCCCCACGCAUCCCUGGAUGAAGCAGUUACUGGAGGUCCCAGAACACGAGGCUUCUCUGCUCGCAGAGGCGGUGGCUCCGCAAGUGGGCGCCGAUCCACAGCCACAGGCCAUAGCCAUCGACUCUGAGGUCUGGGAAGCGCAUGUGAUCCAUCAGACAUCGGCCACUAGGCCCCACCCCGUCACCUCCAGCGGAGCCUGGAGCCUAUAA